GGAAGACUGAUGGGUCAGCUGUAAGUCAUUUAGAGCGGAUGCACUGACAGAAUGUCUCAAAGUGGCUUUAAGGAGCUACACGUCCUUGAAGGCAUUUCCUGCAGUCUUGUUACCGCAGCUGUAGAAACUAUUGGACCCGGUGUGACGGUUUCUCUGAAUGCUGUGAUGAGUUCCUGAGAGCUUCGUUCUCCCCGGCCGGCUGUCUUGGAAGAGCAAGGGCUCUGGUGACAGCAGUGGCACCCAGAGAAACAAACACUGACGACGGGCCAUGGCUAGCGCAGCAGACGGCAUCGACAGCUUGGGAACCGAGCAGAGCCACAUCAACGUUCCUGUAGCCGAUCCCAGCGCCUGGGCCACCGCCAUGAACAACCUGGGCAUUGUGCCGAUGGGCUUAACCGGGCAGCAGCUGGUAUCAGACUCCAUCUGUAUACAGGGUUUUGACCCCAACCUUGGCAUCAUCACCCCAAUCAACCCCAUGAUGGCUGGUAUCAGUCUGGUCCCGCCUCAUCCUGUGACAGCAGAACUUCCUGUUAUUAAGGAAAUCAUCCACUGCAAGAGCUGCACGCUGUUCCCACAGAAUCCCAAUCUUCCCCCUCCCUCCACGAGAGAGAGACCUCCAGGGUGCAAGACGGUUUUUGUUGGUGGCCUUCCGGAGAAUGCAACAGAAGAGAUCAUCAAAGAAGUUUUUGACCAGUGUGGAGAGAUUAUUGCCAUCCGCAAGAGCAAGAAAAACUUCUGCCACAUUCGUUUUAGUGAGGAGUUCAUGGUGGACAAGGCCCUCUAUCUCUCUGGCUAUCGGAUGCGUAUUGGCUCCAGCACUGAUAAAAAGGAUUCGGGCCGCAUACAUGUAGAUUUUGCUCAGGCGAGAGAUGACUUGUAUGAGUGGGAGUGCAAACAAAGAUUGCUGGCACGAGAGGAGCGGCACCGACGGAAAAUCCAGGAGGACCGGCUGAGACCUCCAUCACCUCCUCCCAUAAUGCACUACUCUGAGCACGAGGCAGGUCUUUUGGCUGACAAACUGAAAGAUGACAACAAGUUCAGUGAGGCAACAGCAGUGCUGUUCACGUGGAUCGACAGAGGCGAGGUGAACCGACGCUCAGCGAAUCAUUUCUACUCCAUGAUCCAGUCAGCAAACAGCCACGUGCGGCGCCUAAUGAACGAGAAAGCUCAGCACGAGGAGGAGAUGGAGCUGGCCAAAGAACACUUUAAGAAUUCCCUGCUUGCCAUUCUCACACAAUUUGAGCAGAUUACGGCUGUGUUCACCGCUGCCACCAGGCAAAAGGCAUGGGACCAUUUCUCAAAAGCGCAGCGCAAGAACAUAGACAUUUGGCGAAAGCAGUGCGAGGAGCUGAGAAAUGCUCACAGUGAAGAGAUCAUGGGAAUACGAAGAGAAGAGGAAAUGGAGAUGUCAGAUGAAGACUUGGAGGAAAACCCCUGCAAAAAGAUGAGAAUGGAGGACACGGUGCUGUCUGCGCAGACAUGUGCUCUGCGGGAGGAAAACGACAGUCUGCGCUGGCAGCUGGAUGCUUACAGGAACGAGGUGGAGCUUCUGAAGAAGGAGCAAGGCAAUAUGUACCGUACUGAGGAGGAUCACACGCAAGAACAACAGCUGCACUUCCUGCAGCAGACCAUGCAGAACAUGCAGCAGCAACUGCUUCGGCUCCAGGAAGAGCUGAAAGGGAAGGAGCUGGAGCUGGAGCAGGCCAGAGAUGAGCAGCGCUACCUAGAGGGAGAGGUCCUCAGCCUCAGGGAAAAGCUGUUGAACGCCAUGGAAUCGGUAGACUUGACAAACCACAACUCUGAAGGCCAUGAAAAGGGAGUCAAUGGCACCGCGGCACUCUACCACCAUCGAGAGAAGAGUAACGACGCGGUCAUUUGGGGUCCUUUGAGAUCAGAGAAAGAGGCUCUCUUGCUUGGAAUCAUAUCAACCUUCCUUCACGUCCACCCAUUUGGAGCCAACAUUGAAUAUCUGUGGUCUUACAUCCAGAGACUUGAUACAAAGAUCUCGGCCAGUGAACUUGAAAGACUAAUGGUCCGGUUGCCCAACAUGUUCAAGCAGGAGUUCAGCGGCGUUGGAGCGACACUGGAGAAACGCUGGAAGUUCUGCGGAUUUGAGGCUCUUAAAUCGGUGUGACUUGCAGAGGCAAAUGCUCUGACACUGAGGCUUCUGGACCUCUGGAGGACUGAUCCAGAGUCAGCGACAAGAGCCAGAGACUCACAGACACAAACAACAGGCUCUACACCCCGUACCGCCUCAGAUCCGAUGGCUGCCGCUCUCCAGAGGAAGUGAGACUCUACGUGCAGCGCUGCAUCAGAUGUAUUUACUUGAAAAAGCUCUUUCCAGACUUCUGUACCGAUUGCGUAACUUAUCUGUCAGUGGCGUCGUCCCUGAAGGCUGGGAGAUAUCCAGGAAUAUCACGCCUCUCGGUUAAAAAUACGGAAUGCUGAAUAUGGGACACAGAUGUGUGAUAGCGGCCCUCUGCGCCCAUCAAAGCCAGAGUGUGUGUGAAGACGAUUUCUGCUCUGAAAAAUGAUUUAAUUCAUGGCCAAAGUGCUGGAGCUGAUAGACAACAGUUGCACAGCUGAAGCUAUUUGGACAGUUUGCUGUGUUUCAGGCCUCCCUUGUUGUGUAGAUUAUGUAUGUAACUAUGUAACAUGCUCUUUGUGUCUUGAUGCACUGUUGUUAAAGGUCUGCUUAUGUAAAUUAUGAUUUUUUUAAAAAAUCAAUUAAAAACUUUUUAUCCAAAAUCAGAUGUAGUUACUUGGAGAAAUCAGUGCUACAUUUACUACAAUCUUAAAAAUAAAGGUUCCAAAAGGAGGUUUUGGGUUCUCCAAAGUACCUUUCAGUAAACAGUUCUUAUAAGACCUAUUUUAAAUAUCUAAAGAACUUUUUCCAUUAUAAAGAACCUUUUUGUGGAAUGGGAUGUUAAAGCUUCUUCAUUGGAACAAAGAUGCUAAUAAAGAACCUUUGUUUUUAACAGUGUAAACAGAUUUGGGCAUCAUUUAGCAUUGAAUGCAGAACUGAAAACAGAACAUUCAAGAAUUUUGUUGUUGAUGUGGACUACUGAAAUUCCAUAAAUUUAAUUCCAGUUAAACAGCCUAUGGGAGUGGCCAAUUCAAUUCAAAUUCACCCAUGUGAAUUGAAAGGCAGCCAGUUCGCAAAUUCUGGAUUUUGCCCAACCCCGUUCCCGUCUGCGUCUCUGAAUGCGUCAAAGCUGCCUCGUAGUGUUGUGUCUGUCAUGUUUUUUGAUUCAUGUCUGGGAUAAACAACUGAACUAUCUGCCAUGAAUGUGGAGCAGAACUUCCUUAAUCAGCCAGAAUAUAACAAGCUGUUAAUAAUGAAUGAGAGGGGAGGAGAAUGUUGCUCUGUGUGUGUUUAAUGUGAUCUAUUUGC